AGAGAGAGAGAGAGAGAAAAGAAAAGGAAAUUGGUAUGCUUGGUAAAGUAUAUAGGAGGUACGCGUUGAUAAUGUCAAGUUUUUAUUACGACGAUUUCACGGAAGCAAUAAAAACAUUGAUUCCAUUGCUCACUCCGACACAUCGUCUCGUGUAUGAUUGUACAAGAAGCACAUACCGUCGAAGUCAUAUGCACCGCGAGUUAACUCAUAUAUACAAGUAUCAUAUCCAGGUACGGAGUGCAAACAGCAACGAGAGAGAAAGAGAUAGAUAAAUAGAUAGAUAGAUAGAGAGAGAGAGAGAAAGAGGGAAGAGGAGAGAGAAAGAGAGAGAAACAGAGAAACAGAGAGUGAGGAGGAGAAGAAGGGGACACGUGUGUGCAUUUACGACUGUCAGCAGAACGUAGGAGCGCAGUUAUCUCCAUAAUGAUCUUCGAGAUCACCGAGAUCACGCGACGCCAGGAACGCGGAGAAAAAUUCACAUCUACUCGAUAUCUAGUAUAUAGUAGUAAUACUAGUAAUAUUAUAGUAGUUAUGGGUUUUAUAUAUAUAUAUAUAUAUAUAUAUAUAUAUAUAUAUAUAUACUUAUACUCUUCUAUACCGUCCCACGUUAGUUGAUUAACGAGAUCAUGGAGGAGGAAGAAUGAAUUUGUACGAUGAAAAAUUGGACGUUCUAACGUUGAACGGUGUAAAGCCGGCUAGAUUUCUAACAUCUCUGAAGCAAGCCGUCCCAUCCGACUACGACGGGAGGACGAUAGGAUUACGUGGAAAGUCAGGCCUGACUCCUCGAUCGAGCUUCCCGGAAGAACGGACCUUCAUCGGCACAGGGAUGACUGCUUCCUGCCUGAUCCUCGUCGUUCUAAGCAACAUCAGCAAAAGCAUCAUCAACCACCUCCGAGCGGCUAUGCCGUCCUUCGCGGAGGAGAGCGCCGGACUUGCCUUACCUCUUCCUCCUCCGCUCUUGGAUCAUCCCCACUCCAUGUAAGAGCGCCACUACGAUCGGCUGGAACUACUUGUCGUUUACGGUGGAACGAAACGGAAUGGAACCGCAUUGAACGAAACGGAACGGAAUGAGUCGGCUUAUUAAUUAGAAAAGAGAGAAGGAUAGAAGAGAUUCUUGGUACCACAUCGGCUUGUGUUCCCCACUUUGCCACCCACGAUCGCUGAAACAAAACGUUAACGAGCAUCGAUUCUGAAACGGGGUCCCUCUCGACAGAGGGAGAAGCACCUGUUGCUCCUUCGCUUCUAGGAAAAGGACUCUUUCGGAUAUCCUGCGCAGUAUAAAAAUAAGGAGAAAUAAGGACAACGGGGGAGAAAAAACGAAAAGAAAAAAGAAAAAGGAUAAGAAACAUUGAACGAAGGAAAAAAGAAAAAAAAAUAUAAAAAAAAAAAAAGAAAAGAACAAAGCAAAUCUUGAAGAAAGAAGGAGGAAGACUGAAAGAAGUAGAAAAAGAGAAAAAUGGAGUUGGUAUCGUUAACCUCAUCGACACCCUUGGCGUUGGCUUUGGCCCUGGCCUUUCUAUCAACGGCACGUCGUUGCGAUGGUGUAUCAGAAAGUAUCAUAGGAAGCAGGGAGACGUGCGACGUCGAGGGCGAAGAUUUCACCGUCGACAAGAUCCCAAACACAAGGUGUUUCAAUUGCAUUUGUAAGAACGGAUUCGUUGAGUGUUUGAAGCAUCAAUGUCCCAGUACCGAAGGUUGUUAUACCCUACUGGAAUCCCGGGACGACGAGUGUUGCCACAGGUGCAAAGGCUGCCUACGAAAUGGAGUUUAUCACGAGUCCGAGACAGAGUGGACCGAAGGAAAUGACCCAUGCCGGAUCUUCACUUGUAAAGCUGGGGUUAUCACCGAAUCUAGGCUACGAUGUUACACGCCUUGUUCAAAACCAAUACCAGCUGCGCCUGGACAAUGUUGUCCUGUAUGUCCAGGAUGUUACGUGAACGGUCAAAAAGUAACGGCAGAGAGAUCUGUCACCACAACCGAGGAUCCUUGUGUGACCUGUAGAUGUAACAUGGGACGAUUAACUUGCGCCAAACAAGCCUGUCCUGUUCUUCAUUGUCCAGCUUCUAGAAUCGUUCAUGAAUCCGGAGAUUGUUGUCCUCAUUGCAAAGGCAGUGGAAGAUUUCUAUCACCUCCUAAAGGUGCUUGCAUGUUGGGUACAGCCGUUCAUAAUUCUGGUUCUCAAUUCUACGUCGACGAGUGUACACGUUGCAUUUGUACCAAUUCCGUGAUAUCAUGCACAAAGGAAACAUGUCCGGUAUUGGAAUGCACCAGCGAGCAUCAGAUAACAUUGCCAAGUCGUUGUUGUCCUCAAUGUCCUUUAGUCGAGGAAAGUCGGGCAUCUUGCACGUACGGCGGCAGAACUUAUGGGGAUGGCGAAACUUGGAAGCUUGAUUCCUGCAAGGCAUGCGCUUGCAUGCAGGGUAAGGUACGAUGCGCUAUGCCGAUGUGCCCACCAUUGAACCUACCGUGUCCACCAAAUUCGAGAUUGGAGCAUCCCGAAGGACAGUGUUGUCCUCGUUGCGUGGAAAGUGAUGGUGUGUGUACUGUGUUUGGUGACCCCCAUUACCGCACCUUCGACGGUAAAUUCUUUAGCUUCAAAGGCGCGUGCAAGUAUCAAUUGGCUAGCGACUGCGUCGGACAUACGUUUAGCAUACGCGUGACGAAUGACGCAGGCUCGACGAGAUCUUCGGCAUGGACGAAAACGAUAGCCAUGAAGAUCGGCGAUCUUAAGGUGAAUCUGGGUCAGAAGAUGAAGGUAAAAGUGAACGGUAAGAAGGUCGACGUGCCGUACAGCGUGCCAAACAAGCUCGACGUUAACAGAACGGCCGACAGCAUAAUCGUAAAUACACAGAUUGGUAUUAAAGUUCUUUGGGAUGGUAUAAGUUUCCUUGAGAUAUCAGCGUCUACAUCGUACAGAGGUAGAUUAUGCGGAUUAUGUGGAAACUUCAAUUCUUUACCGAAAGACGAUUUCACGACACGACGUGGUAGAUUAUUACAAGAUCCUCAACCGUUCGGUCAAUCCUGGGCCGUUGGGGCAAAGAAGAUGUGCUCUCGUUCACGGACAAUUAAUCCAGAAAGGGAGAGACGUUGUAGAGGGAGAAAGGAUCAUCGAUUGUGCAAUCGCUUAAGGUCGCAGAUCUUUGAUCCCUGCCACAAGAAAGUCAAUCCAACGAUGUACUAUAAAGCAUGUCUUCAGGAUAUGUGCGAGUGCCCGACCGAGCACUGUUAUUGCGAAUCUUUCAUGGCGUACGUUCACGAGUGCAAGAGAUUGGGUAUACAGUUGCCACAUUGGAGGAAAUCUACGAGAUGUCGUACCGUUUGGGAUCAAUCGAAUGAUCCUGUGCCUUUGAGCAAACGUUUGCAUUAACGUUUGCUUUAUAUUGCGAAAGAAGUCGAUGGACGAUAACGUGUA